AUGUCUUCCAGUUCUUCAAUUAACUCUUCUUCUAAUCAAAUCCUUCCAGAGGAUCGCCGCGAAUCCUCAGAGCCGAGCUCUUCCUCCUCAAACCCUCAUCUAUCGAAUUCGUCUCAGGGAGAAAGCAAUCCCCCACAUCUAGUUCGCAAGAACUCUAGGUCUGCUGAUGCGAGCAGCAGCCAUGCUAGACCAAGAGUCAAAGCUACCGAGCAGUUGGCGACAGAAACUCGCGAGACGGAAGCUCGUGCUGGACCGAACGCUGGUGGUAUCGACCAUGAGAUCGAGGAGGUCGAGGAACUCGUAGAAGAAAAUCAGGAGGAGAACGCUAACGAAGCGGAAGUUGCCAAAGACAACCUUGAUGCAGUGGAUCAUGCUUCGCCACCACUUCCAAGACGAAAGGUCGUUCGUCCCAACAACGUCCCAUCUUCUUCUGUCUCUCCGGGUGCUGUUCGAGCCGUACUUGAAGAACACGGGCUCUCGGAUCAAGUCAUCUUCAUAAUUCCAGAAGCCGGAGAUCGGCCAUGGGACGUCCCCAAAGGCUUCCUCUGCGUAUAUUUGACUUAUUUCACGCAAUGCGGACUUUCGCUUCCGAUCCCUUCUCGUAUUCUUGGGUACUGUAACCGGCGCGGCGUAGCUCUCACGCAGGUGAUGCCAGCCUCGAUAACGAACUACGUAGGGUUCGUUACUUUGUGCGAUGAGCUCGGCGAAAUCCCCUCUAGUCGUCUGUUCGAAGAUAUCUUCUCGGUCAACAUCCACAAGUCUAAGGAGUGGUUCUUCGCAGCGAACGCCAAACCGAAGAAGAACAUCGUCACUGGGGCUAAACCUAGUAAAUUCAAUGACCAUUUCGUCAUCUCCCGAGCAUUAUUCUCAACUCCGGACUUACCUCCGAAUUCGAAGCAGCUUUCAGCGAAGCCGUUUACUCCGAGCUCCUCCUUGACAUAUUUCCAUUGCAGCUUCUGUUCGAAAACCGAAACCGCGGAACCAAAAGCUCGAGCUAACAAGCCCCGAGCUGCUCCAAGACGAAGGGCACCGAAGUCACAAGCCAAACGAACCCGGACAGCAAGGAUGCUUUCACUCGACGAUAUCCCCACCUUGUUCGACGGGGAGGAACCGAACGUCGCCGAUCCGACCCCUAUCCCUGCUACCGAAGGGACCAUUGAGCAACCGGAAGAGCUGCCACCUGCUGCGAACUCACCUGACCAAGCCGGUCAGAAGAAAUUAAAGAAGAAGAAGUCCUCAAAGAAAACCAAGAGGAUUGAAGACUCUUCUCGGGCGCAGGAUGCACCCGCCGAGCUCAAUCCACCGACGGCUGUGGCUUCGGACCUCGCUCUUUCUCAGGAUCGAGUUGAGGCUUCUCACUCUCGGAAGAGGCAGGCCGAGGAUCACACCGAAGGCUCUCCAGGGCCAGAGCCAGCCAAAAGGACUAAGGUGUGUUUUGAUUAUGACGAAGAGGGUCCUUUUGAGGAGAACGUGGAUGCUUGCGCCGAUCUUUACCACAAGAUCUCCUCCGACGUCCCGAGUCUCCCGGCGAUAUCUGAGCUCCGGUUCCCUAACUUGUACAAAGGGAUUGCUCGCACAACUGCCGUGCUCGCCAGCCAGACCAACACUCUGGUUGCCGCGUACGAGGUAGCUCUUUAUGACGAGCAAGUUAGAGCUGCUGAGCUCGAGGAGAGGGUCGCCAAAGCGAAAGAGUGUCUCGCUACCGAGCUCCAAAUUAAUGAAACUCUCCACUCCUCGGUCGAUCUGCUAAAGCAAGAGAGCCCGGAGUUGAAAGCAGUGAGAAAGGAGGUGACCGAGGCUCAAAGCACGCUUGUUCAGGAGUUCGAGAAGGACCGGGACCGGCUGAGGGACUUGGUGACCCACUGGAAGAGUCGAGCUAAGAGCGUUCACGCGAAGGCAUGCGAGCGCUUAGAGAAGGUCAUUCGAAGCUUGGACGACGCUGAUCGAGCUCGUAAGCCGUACCUGGUGGUCAACCAGCUUACUGGAGUUCUCGGCUUCAUCAAGCAGCUCAAGAAGAAAGGCUUGUACGAGGUCCCGCCUGAGAUGGUAGCUGACAUCGAGGCGAAACAUGCUAAAGCUUUGGAGGACUUCCGCUCGGUCGAUGCUUGCGUCCUAACUGAAGAGGAUAAGCGAAUGUCUCCGUUUUCGGAGGAAGAUGACGCGUCGGCCGUGAAUGUUACUCAGAGUGCUCAUGACCCGGUGGUAAGCGAGCUGUUCAGUUCUAACGAGGAGAUGCUUAACGCCGAUCAAGCUACUACUUCAAAGACUGCCUAG